AUGACAGACUUUGCAUCACAGGGAAGAACUAGACCAUAUAAUCCAGUUGAUCCUGAAUUCUGUCUAACACAUCAGUCUCUAUAUACAGCUCUUUCUCGAAGUUCUACCCUAUCUGGAACUAUAUUAUUACAGCCUAUUGAUCCUAAAAUUGUUCAGGGUAAACUUAAUCGUCCACUUAAACAGGAAUUUAGGGAGCUUGAGAUUCUUGAUGAUAUCACUAAGCUUAGAUACUUGGGUAAACUCCCUAGCAAUAUCAAUGCAAAUACUAGAGGUCAGCUGAUAAAACAGUUUCUUGAUUGGAAAGGCAACAAUUAUAUACCUUCCAAAACACCAAGUUGUUUACAUUGGAAUGAUAAAGAUCCACUAUAUCCUACAUCAAUGCCAAAUAGAACUACUCCAUGGCAGUACCUAGAUCAAACUGAUGAUAUGAAUGCUGAUAUUCCUAGUGAUCCUCCUCUAGAUCACUUUGUCACUGCUAAAGGUACAGUCUCACUUGGUACUAUAAGCAAUGACAGGCCAAAUGUAGCCAAUAAGAAAAAGCGUAAAAGAACUGUAUCCACUACUAGACAAGGCCCAGAUGUACAUUCAUGGAACGCUACAACCUGGAGCUGUGCAUAUGACAGUAUCCUUACAAUACUAAGACAUAUAUAUGUCAAUAAUACAAUGAUGUGGCUAAGCCGCUGGGCCAACAUGAAUGAA